AUAUAUAUAUAUUAUGGAAUCCCAUAUGCCACACGAAGGCAGCGCCACAGCCGUGGCUGUCGAUAGGGACAAGCACAGCGCAACGGCCGUUAGAUGGGCGAUCGAUAAUCUGCUUGUGACCAAUACGACUCUCAAUUUGCUCCAUGUCAAGACCAGAAACUUGCAUAAUCACAAUGGUGGUGCCCCGGAGGCAAAUAAUGAAUCGUUUGAGGAUCUUUUCACGCAGUUUCGUGCUUACGGUGCACGUAAAGGGAUAAUAAUGCAGCCUGUUGUCCUAGAAGGGACAGAUGUUCAUAGCACACUUAUAGACUACAUCAGCAGCCACCAUAUCAGUAAUAUAGUUCUUGGAGCCUCAUCAAGAAGUCCCAUUACUCGGAUGUUCUGGACUCAUGAUGUCCCAACCAUGAUAAACAAGGCCGCACCCGAUUUCUGUAGCGUUUAUGUAAUUUCAAGGGGAAAGACACAAUCUGUGCGACCGGCAGCCCAGCCAGCAGCAGGUUCAACUCCUCCUAGGCCGCAGUCUCCACUUGGGUCCCCGAGGACGCCUGUCAAAUGCAGUUCUGAGGCGAUCAAGCCCGAGAGGACUUUAAGCAAUGGAUCGAUGCGCCAUCAUCAUGAGAUUUCUAGUAGUUUGUCUAAAAAACCAUCAGCUAAUCCCAGUUGGUGGUCAUCAAGAAAUUCAUCUAGUCUCGAGGUUUCCAGUAGAGGAUCUAUACUGCAUUCAUCCAGUUGGAAAUCCAGGGACAAUGAUGUAGCAGAACCUGAUGAAAUCAGUCAUGGAUCAACGGGUAUUGCAAAUGGGCAGAUGUUAGGUAAGUCCACGGGAGAAACAGCUGAUCAUGAGGAGAACUCAUCGCCUCCACAGAUUAAUGAACUUGAAAAGCUAAAGCUAGAGGUGAGGCAAACCAUGAAUAUGUACAAUACAGCUUGCAAAGAAGCAGUUUCAUUAAAACAUCAGGCUGAUGAACUUCAUGAGAUGAAUAAGCUGGACGAUAUACAUGGAUUACAGCAGGCGCGGACUGCUGAAGAGGCAGCCCUUGCACUUUUAGAAGUGGAGAAAGCGAAAUGCAGGGCUGCCAUUGAAGCAGCAGAGAAAGCACAGGAACUUGCAAAGAGGGAAACACAGAGAAGAAAGCAAGCAGAGCUGAGAGCCAAGCGCGAGGCCAAAGAAAAGAGUCGAGCUCUUACUAUCUUGUCAAACAACGAUGUCCGUUACAGGAGAUACACUAUUGAGGAGAUUGAAGCUGCAACGAAUAAAUUCUCGAGGUCCUUCAAAAUCGGUGAAGGUGGUUACGGCCCUGUUUUCAAAGGAAAACUUGAUCACACAAGAGUAGCUGUAAAAGUUCUCAGACCUGAUGCUACACAAGGGAGAAAACAGUUCCAACAAGAGGUUGAAGUCCUAAGCUUCAUGAGACAUCCAAACAUGGUCCUCCUCAUGGGAGCCUGUCCCGAGUAUGGGAUCUUGGUUUAUGAAUACAUGAACAACGGGAGCCUUGAAGAUCGUUUGUUUCGAAAAGGGAACACCCCUCCAAUCCCAUGGAGCAUCCGUUUCAAGAUUGCGGCUGAUAUAGCAACGGGACUCUUGUUUCUCCACCAGGCCAAGCCUGAACCACUUGUGCACCGGGACCUAAAGCCUGCCAACAUCCUGUUAGACCGUAACUACACGUGCAAGAUAAGUGAUGUUGGCUUAGCUCGAUUAGUUCCACCCUCAGUUGCAGAUAGUGUCACUCAGUAUCACAUGACGUCUGCUGCAGGCACGUUCUGUUACAUAGAUCCGGAGUAUCAGCAAACGGGCAAGUUAGGGACUAAAUCUGAUAUAUACUCGUUGGGGGUGAUGUUGCUACAAAUUAUUACAGCUAGGCCACCAAUGGGACUUACUCACCAAGUCGAGAAGGCCAUAGAGAAAGGGACGUUUGUGGAUUUUCUUGAUCCAAGUGUGCCCGAUUGGCCCAUUGAAGAGACCCUUGGCUACGCGAACAUGGCCCUGAAAUGUGCUGAGUUGAGAAAGAAAGACAGGCCGGAUCUCGCUAAAGACAUACUUCCACAGCUUAACAGGCUUAAAAAACUCGGUACCGAACAUGUAUUAAGCCAUAAGAAGUCUUCUCGUAGAUCAAGUCCUCAUCCAAGUUUCGGCUAGGUGUUGAAAUUUUACUUUUUCAAUCUUUUCUUUGCUGGCCCCAAAAGCAUGAAGUUGAAUUAAAUUAGUUCCUUGUUUUCAUCUUUA